GGUAAAUCUUUAAUCGACAAAUUUAAUUGGAGAAUAACAAAAAUUCCAAGACAUCCAGGUUUAAAGAUUUUUUUGGGAGGGUUACAAUCAAUAGCGCGAUUAACCGCAAAUGAAUAUAGAGAUUUGAUGAAG